UCCCAUGGCUGCAAGUCAUAGUACCGGAAAUGACAAUUCUUUUAAGAUUAGACCGGGUGGAAACAUAGUCAGAUUCCCCCAAGUUGUAAGGAAGUCCAUACUCGAUAUGGUGUAGCAAGUCCUAUCCCUGGUUCGGUCCACAUGCAUUGCUCUGUCUGACACGCUCAAAAUUGCACGAGCCCCACCGCUAUCUAUAUUCCUUGCUGAUGAUGAUAGUAUUAUGCCACCGAGGCUGGCGAGAAGCCUUUUCCAGCCAAAUUGCAAUUUUUGCUACCAGCUUGACGGCACCCCCGUGCGCUUUGGGCCUGCCGGUUCCCACGAUGGCAUGGAUGUCGUACGUGAUGCGUGAACUAAGGACUAGAUCCGGCUCUAGAAACCGUAUCUUGAAUCGCUCGGCUCCCGGAUGCUUGGCUAGCAGACCACCUCUCCCUGACAGGCAGGAUUUCAGGGCCCAAGGAUUCUGUCAAAAGCCGCAUGUAGAUGUGAGUGAGGCGUGAUGGCCAUCGACAAGCCGAGAGCCGCAGAACAUGCAGAAUUGGAUCCAGUCUCAUAGCUAAUA